AUGAAGCCCAACGUGUUAAAGAGACUAUCACUGACAUGGGUUUCACUUCUCUGCAUUUCCUGCUUUUUCCUCGGUGCAAUUUUCACCUCCAGAUUGCGUUUGUCGGAUUCCGGUAGCCAGUUCAUUUUACAGCACCGCCGUGAUCAGGAAGUUAACGUAAUUACGAAAUUGCAUGCUCAUGAGAAAAAAAAAUCACAAGAAAAACAUGUAAUUGAGAACGUUCUAAGAACCCAUAAAGCAAUAGACCACAGAUCAUUGGAUAAGUCAGUGUCUAUGCUUCAGAAGCAGCUCUCUGUUAAACAGAGCUCUCAACCGAUUGUUGAUGUCUCAACAACAAAUACUUCGACAAAAGGAAACCAAAGGAAGAAAGUUUUCAUGGUGAUUGGUAUCAACACUGCAUUUAGCAGUAGAAAACGUCGUGAAUCUCUUAGAGAGACUUGGAUGCCUCAGGGGGAAAAGCUUGAGAAAUUGGAAAAAGAUAAAGGAAUUGUCGUCAAAUUCAUGAUUGGACACAGUCCGACACCACAUAGUAUAUUGGAUAAGGAAAUUGAUUCAGAAGAUGCUCAAUACAAAGAUUUCUUUAGGCUGGAUCAUGUGGAAGGAUAUUAUAAUCUGUCUGCGAAAACAAAAAGCUUCUUCUCCAGUGCAGUUAGAACGUGGGAUGCUGAGUUUUACGUCAAGAUUGAUGAUGAUGUUCAUGUCAAUCUUGGUAUGCUUGCUUCUACAUUAGGUAUGCACCAUCAUAAGCCGAUGGUCUACAUUGGAUGUAUGAAAUCCGGACCUGUUCUUACUCAAAAGACGGCCAAGUAUCGUGAACCAGAGUUUUGGAAAUUUGGAGAGGAAGGUAAUGAAUAUUUUCGACAUGCUACAGGACAAAUCUAUGCCAUCUCAAAGGAUCUUGCCACAUACAUAUCUAACAACCAGCCAAUUUUACACAAGUAUGCAAAUGAAGAUGUGACACUCGGGUCAUGGUUAAUUGGUCUUGAGGUUGAGCAUAUCGAUGAUCGUAAUUUCUGUUGUGGUACACAUCGAGAUUGUGAAAUGAAGGCAGAGGCUGGAGAAGUGUGUGUGGCGUCUUUUGACAGGAAGUGCAGUGGGAUAUGCAAAUCUGUCGAUAGAAUGUGGACCGUUCAUGUGAUGUGUGGAGAAGGUGAUAAAGCCGUGUGGGAUGCAAAUUAUAACUUUCUUAGAUAA